AAUCUAUUGACUGUUCAGCUGUCCAGUUGUUUUCUAUGUAGUGAGUGCUACAAGCGGAAGGAUAUGAUUUUGUUACGUAAUGCCCAGUCGUUGAAUGCUAGCUAGCUGCUAGCUGUCGAACUUCAUGUUAGCUAACAGCUAUCAACGUUAGCUCACACCGAGAAUACUGCGUUUUUGUAAGCUAACAAGUAACGUUGCAAAGGACUGGUUAGUUUGUGGUUACUCAUUUACGUUAGUGGUAUUAGCUAGUUAACUUUCGCUAGCUAGCUAACAAAACUGGUUUUAUUGUUGUUUGGCGUAGCUUCAGUAACAACGUUACAAGGAAAUUAAAGUCAACACAGUACACUUAAUGCUAAUGAUUGAUUCAGCAUCGGUCACAUCACAUUUUAUCUCAAAAAAAUAGAUUCCCUGAAGUUUUAUAUAUAAGACUUAUUCUUUUUAGUUGGAUGCAGUCUUCAAUUUGUAAAACAUUGAAACAAAACACCGCUUAACUAAGCUGUCCUGUCACUCAGACAAUAUGGUUUUACCUUAUUUGCCAGUAUGUACCAGACAGUCAGACACAAAAUAGCCCAUGGGGUAGUGGCUACUAUCCAUAUAGUCUAAGAAUCUCAGCAAAAGUGUCUAAGUUCGUGAUGGAGUUUGGCAUAAUGUCGUCUACAUCAGUGAUUCUCAACCUUUAUCGUGUCAAGGACCCCUAAGUUUGAUACACAUCAGGACAUGAACCCCCAUGUGAUGUUUGGCAGUGGUUGAUGCAAGUGCCAGUUCAUUCCUAUAAGAAGACAUAAUUUGGUGUUGUAGGCCUGCAGAAACGAUUAUAGCCAACAUGUCUAGGAAGCAGACGCCCAAACCUGUACGGAGCAACAAGAAAAGUGAACUGGAACGGAAGAGAGAUGAGAGGGCAGCACGCAGGGCCAUCGUAAAAGACCGCAAGAACCGGCCUCAGGAUGGCGAUGAGGGAGCAGAGUUUGUCAGUUUCUCUAAUCAGCUCCAGGCCCUGGGGCUCAAGCUGAGAGAAGUCCCCGGAGAUGGGAACUGCCUGUUCAGAGCUCUGGGCGACCAAUUAGAGGGUCACUCCCGGGGUCACCUGCGGCUUCGGCAGGAGACUGUCCAGUAUAUGAUGUCCCAUCGACAAGACUUUGAGCCCUUUGUUGAGGAUGACGUUCCCUUUGCACAGCACUUGUCUAACCUCUCUCAGCCUGGUACGUUUGCUGGCAAUGACGCUAUUGUGGCUUUUGCUCGCAGUCAGCAGGUGAAAGUGGUCAUCCAUCAGCUCAACACACCACUGUGGGAGAUAAAUGGUGCAGAGAAGCAGGUGUGCAGAGAGCUACACAUCGCCUACCGCUACGGAGAUCAUUAUGACAGUGUGAGGCGGAUUGGAGACAACUCUGAGAGUCCUGCUCAGCUUCGCAUAGAGAAUCUACAGAAUUCACAAGGCCAGCAGCGCGAGUUUGGGGACGGUCAGAGGGACAGACAGAAAAACUCUUCCCCCACAGCUUCAGAGGAGGACAACGUGAUCCUGAGUUCCAUCAAGAAUCGAGGAAUCCAGGGUGAUGAGGAGAACCUGCUCCAGCUGAGUGCAGCAACCAUCAAUGCAGAAUGGCUUGUUGGCUCCAUGCUGGGCCAGUCCUGUCAGGGCCAGUGUGCCUCAGGAUCCUGCUCAGCCUGCAGAGCUGCAGCCACAGACUGCAGUGAGCAUAAACAGCCAGCAGAGGGAAGCAACAUACAAAAACCAAAGGUAUCUAACAAACAGAGGAAAGAGCAGCAGCGGCACGAGAAGAAGAAACGUCAGGAGGAGAGGCAUCGGCAGAAGUUUCUCCAGAGUAAAGGAAGUCAGGAUCAGAACCAGAACCUACCAGAGGCUGUUACUUUAGUACCAGCUCUCAACACUCUCAGUAUAUAGACUGGAGCAUGGCCAAUAUUACCUACUGCUACUCUAGCUACCGGGGGCUGACGCUGUUUUGCACAUAGUCAAAUUUGAUUCAGUCACAGUGGAUGACUUUUCCUAAAGAGAACCCUAUAGUUUCUUCGCAAAUGGUAUAAAGGUGCCUGCAAACUUGUGUGUGUGAGAUGUGUGAGAUGUGUGAGAUGUGUGAAAGUUGUAAAAGAGGGAGAGUGAAAGAGCACGACCUUCAGUGUUAUUGUCGGGUGUUGACUUAAUUCGAUCCCUGGUUGGUGUUGGUGUUCGCAGAAACUCCUCAGAUCUGGUCCACUUCCACUGCUACCUAGCCCCUUUCUAUGCUGGACAUCUGGCUUUCCAUGACAACCAUGCAGGUAAUCUCAUGCAGCUGGGCUUUUUGAUUUGCCACAGAUUGAGUUUAUUCAAAUGUUCAGAUCGUUCUCUUUGUUCAGUCUGACCAAAGGAGGAAGUAAAGGAAGAGUGGGAGAUGAAUGAUUGUUACGCACACUGUGUAAGGAAUGUGGCAAUAAAUAAUAAUAAAUGAUAAUUUACUGUU